AUGUUUAAACCAUUAUUAUUACUAGAAUCUAGUAUGUUUUUUACUUGUACUUAUGGAGCAAUAGUUAUAAUUAAUCCAUUUUCCAAGUGGUCAAUAAUACUAUCAGGGUAUUUCUAAACCUUUAAAGAAUUGAAUGAUUAAAUAAAAGAUUAAUUAUCUCAUAAUUUGAUCGAUAAACUUAUAAAGAAAAUUAAUGAAUUUAGUUAUAUAAAUUAAAUGAAUUCUUAAUGUUACAUACAUGGCUAUCCACUCGCAUGCUAGAACUAAUUGUAAGAUCUUUUCAAUUUGAUUCGUGAAGGAGAAGAAUUCAUAACUCUGGAGAGAAUCUUUAAAUUAUUGAGAGCAUGGCAAUAUGAUGUACCAUUCUCGAAUUUAUGUAAAUUGCUUAGGAUGGCUAAUUAAGUAUGCCAUCAGAAUGUUAAGAAUCAUUUAAAUGAGUUAGCAUUUCAUCAAUUGCUUCAUAAUCCUGACUUGCAGAUGACUUACAAACCAAAGAAGGAUGAAACUGCAAAUACUCCUCCAACACUGGAGGGAUUGUUUCGAAGAAUAGGAGAAUAGAUUGAGAGGAAGAGAUUGUAGGAGAAACUGAAUGAGGACAACAUUACAAAUAGGGAGAAGUUUAAUUUUAUGUUGCAGUUGUUGCAGGUGGGGUCACCAAGAAAUGAUAGGAAAAGUUCGAUAGUUGUGGAAAAAGUGAAAAGCGUAAAGAGGUUCAAGGAGGAUGAAUUCAAAUUACUUAUGAGACCCAAGAAGACGAAGAAAAAAGGCUGA